AUGUGGCUAAAGCCUGAGGAAGUCCUGAUCAAAAAUGCACUGAAGCUGUAGCUGAUGGAAAAAUCCAAUGACUACUUUGUGCUGCAACUGCAUCAGGGCUUUGUGGAGGAAGGUGGAGGGGGGCUCUCAGUUGCUUUUUUAUUUUGGUUGAAAGAAAAGAUGAAGAAAGAGUCAUUGAGCAUCCUGUUUGCAGAAUGUGGGUGUGGUCUUAGCAUUUUUCAGGCCAAAAUGACUCAAGAUCUUGUUAUAAGAGGGAUUCCAGAGAUCUUAAGAGGAGAGCUCUGGGUGCUUUUUUCAGGUGCUGUUAAUAGCAUGGCUGCUAAUCCUGGCUAUUAUGCUAAGAUAGUUGAGCAGUCCUCAGGGACUAGCAACUUGACUACUGAAGAAGUUGAACGUGAUUUACAUCACUCCCUACCAGAGCACCCAGCCUUUCAGAGUGAUACUGACAUAUCUGCUAUGAGGCGGGUACUCACUGCUUAUGCAUACAGGAAUCUCAACAUUGGAUACUGCCAGGCAAUGAACAUUUUGACUUCAGUAUUGCUUCUGUAUGCAAAAUAUGAAGAAGCGUUUUGGCUUUUGGUUGCUGUAUGUGAAUGAAUGUUGCCUGAUUAUUUUAAUAAUCAAAUCAUUGGUGCCUUGGUAGAUUAGGCUGUCUGUAAAGAACUUGUCAUGGAUCACCUUCCCCAGCUGACAGAACACAUGACUGAUAUGACAUUCUUUUCCUCAGUUUCUCUCUCAUAGUUCCUCACCAUUUUUAUUACUGUACUACCUGUUUGAAGUGCAGUGAAUGUAGUGGACUGUUUCUUCUACGAUGGACUAAAGACUGUUUUACAACUGGGAUUGGCAAUAUUUGAUAAUUUAAACAAACUGCUGGCAUGUACAAAUGAUAUUGAAUAUGUAAAAGCUUUAAACAGGUUCUUUGACAGUAUCGCAAAUAAAGAUAAGCUAUUGCCUUCAAGAGUUCAGCAAGAUACAAAUGUCAGUGAUGAAAAAAGAAGUCAUAUUAGAGUGGAUAUUAUAGAUUUGGUUAGGGAGUCAAAUGAGAAAUAUGGUAAUAUUCAUUGUGAACAUAUAUACAGCAUGCACUAUUGAAAUAGGUUGUAUGUGAUAUAGACCUGGGAGGAAACAAUAAACCAGAAUGUGAUGAAUAACUUCAAAGAAUUCUCCUCUGCAAUUGACAUAAUGUACAAUGGAGGUUUUACUGAGAAGCUUAAACUACUUUUUAAGAUGCAUAUUCCUCCAGCUUAUGUUGAAGUGAAAUUCAAGGACCCUUCAAAGGAAGAUGAACUUUCUAAGGAAGAACUUAUUUCAGUCAGUUCCAUGGUAAAUAUCCGUUCAAAAAUAUUCACUUAA